AUGUCUGAUUCGUCUCAGACCUACUCUGUCCCUGGCAAUCAACAUGUACUAAACGGAGCCCGCAAUACUACAAUCGGGCAGGCGGUGUUUAACAAUGCUGGUCGCGACCUUUAUCAUAACAACUCCAAGUUUGAUUCCAAUCCUCUCUGGGACGCAAUAGCGGACGUCGGAGCGUCCCAUGAUUCUGAACAACAGGUUGACCGGGGCCGUUGUCUGCCCGGAACUCGUGAAGCAGUGCUCGAAAUUAUUCGACAAUGGAGAGAUUCCGGGUGCGAGAGUAUGCCAGUGUGUUGGCUUUCUGGCGCUGUGGGUGUAGGAAAGUCGGCUAUUGCGUUGACCGUCGCAGAAGAAUGCGAGAAAGAUGGUCUAGUGGCCUCAUUCUUCUUUUUCAAAUCGGACCCCAAGCGAAACAACCCCUCCUUCCUCAUUCUUUCUAUCGCACACGGCCUUGUAGUUACCAGACCGUAUUUGGGUCCUUUCAUCAAUCAGAGAAUUACGACCAACCCCCGAGUCCUGAAGGUUAAUUUGGAGGAUCAAUACAAGAAACUGAUUCUAGAAAAUCUGGAUCAUCCUCCCCCUCCAUGUGAUCAAAAAAUUCCUGACCUGGUCAUCAUUGAUGGCCUUGAUGAAUGUAGUGAUGCUGCUGCACAGUGCCGUGUCCUCUCCAUCAUAUUUUCCACCUAUUCGAAACAGCCCCUUCAUUCCCCUUUGCGAUACCUCAUAUGCAGCCGCCCUGAAUCCUGGAUUCGACAAGAGUUUUGUCAGUUCAAUAGACUGACUAAACAUAUUGAACUGAAUGAUUCGUUCCACCCCCAGUAUGACAUAGAAGUUUACUUCCAUCAACAAUUUCAGGAGAUCCGCAGAGACCCCAACUAUUCAGAGGUUGAAUUCCCAGACCCAUGGCCGUCUUUCUACUAUGUUCAGUUGCUGAUUGACAAAGCCGAUGGCCAAUUCAUUUAUGCAUCAACUGUGAUAAAGUUUAUCAAGGCUGCAUACACACUUCCAACUGACCAGCUUCACAUUAUCCUCGAAACCAUAUCCAAAUCACCCUCUAUACCUUCAGCUCAGACACAAACACCCUUCAGUGAUCUUGAUGAACUCUAUCUCAUCAUCCUGCAUGUCAACCCUGACUGCAAUAAGCGUCUGCUUCCCAUUCUUGCAGUGAUUAUUGUGGUUCAGAACACAUCUCCAGCAUUCAUUGAACUUCUACUUGGAAACUCUCCUGGCACCGUUGCUCAGACAUUACGUGCAAUGCACUCAGUACUCAAUGUUUGUGGUCGGGAAGAUGACAUUGGCAUUUACCACAAAUCCUUCACUGAAUUCCUGCUUGAUCAGACACGGUCAAGAGAGUUCUUUAUUGACAAGUUGAUGUGGAAGGACUUUCUGGCCCUUCAGUGGACUAGGGUUCUGACUGAGCACUGCAAAAAGGACCCUGGGUUGCUGUCAAGGGACCACCAAUAUUCCACUGAGUCUUUAUGGAAGCUGGUACACCACUGGAAGAAUCAUUGCCUACCUCUGGUGGAUGGUCAUACUAGCAUUGAGCUGAUGGUGGAGGUAGAUGCUUUCUUCCAUGUGGCUUUGUCCAUUUCUGUGCAGUCAGUGGGUUAUGAAGUGCUCCUUCAUGUGCUUGCAGUAAUCAUUCUGGUUCCAAACUCAUCUCCAGAAUUCAUUGGACUUAUACUUGGACACUCUCCUGGCACAGUUGUCAAGAUGUUAUGUGGGAUGCACUCAGUGUUUGAUGUCCAUGACUUUGACAUCAGCAUUUACCACAAAUCCUUCACAGAUUUCCUUCUCAAUCAUGCACAGUCAAAGGGUUUCUUUAUCAAUGAGUCAAUGAAGGACUUCCUGGCUUGUCAGUGGACCAGAGCUCUAACUGAACAGUGCAGGAAGGUCCCUGAGUUGCUAAGAGAUUCCAGAUAUUUCCCUGAUCCUUUGUGGAAGCUGGUACAAUGCUGGAGGGGUCAUUGCCUUCCGCAAGGCAUGGGUGGUCAUAUGAGUGAUGCACUGAUGUUGGAACUGGAGGAAUUCUACUAUGUGGCUUUAUCCAUUUCUGCAGAGUCAGUUGGUCAUGAGAUGCUCCUUCACAUACUUGCAGCAUUUCUACUACUUCCAUUGGGUGAGCCACGCUCCCCUGAUUUCAUCCAACUAUUACUUGGACUUCACAACAAAGAUCUAGCUCUGGCAUCACAAACAUUGAACUCAAUUACUCAGGUGGAAUGGCUCAUUGAUUCAGAUUAUUUUCUUGAUGGGUUCACAUUCGAGCAUUUCUUCUUUGACCGUUCUUGGUCAAAUAGCUUUUUCAUUGAAAAAGACUGUCAGAGAAACUUUCUUGCACAGAAAUGCCUCUGUCUUUUCCAGAUGGAUAAGGGCCCUCAAGACAAAAUUUUAAUCAACAAUUGGGCUCGCAUCUGCACCAAUGUUGACAACCCUACCCAGGAGUUGUUGUAUGGACUUCACUGUAUGGAUUUAGGGGGUGUCCUGGCAAAAUCUCUCAACUGUUUGCAUUACCUGCCCUGUGACUUUGACACAAUCUUAUCCUGGCUAAAAUCUCAAGCCAAUGGUGUAGUCCCCCCAGAUCUUAUUGAUUGCUUUGAAAUUGUCCAGAGAGGAUUUCACAUUCAAAGCAAGAGGCAAGAGAUUAAGUCAGGAUUCCAUGAUCAUGUCAUCACUAUGAUCGUCCUUUCAAUUGUUGAUUGGGACUAUUGCAUCCAACAUUUAUCUCAAGGCUUGAACAGUUGCAUAUACUACCUGUCUCAGAAAUUGGUCAAGAUCAAGUUUUGCAGGUGCUCGAGCCUGUCCACAUUUGACUCCAACUGUGCUUCAACUCCAAUCUCUAAUACAACAGAUCUAUAUGAGUAUCACAUCAAUAUCAGAGCUAGUUGUGCUCAAAUUUUCAAAGCAGCCAUCGCUGGUUUGCAGUGGGCAUUUGAAACUUAUUCUGUCGAAGAGUACUACAAUCUCGUUGAUCGCCUAUUGGUGCAGUCUCCAAGUCUGCUGACACAUUGUCUUCCCGUACCCGAACUCCUUCUCCACUUUCGGACACUUUUGGAUUUUGCUAUGACAUUGGGACGAGGUGACCUCUAUCACCAGUGGGUAGAAAGCAAAUCACCAGUUCUGGAGGAGUCACAGGGAAAGCUGCUGUCAUGGCUCGAGAGCUUUCCUGCUGAUUGUGCCCAUCAAGUUGAAACUGUCAGAUGUGAUUUCUUGUCUCUGAUGACACUUGGUGAAUGA